AUGAGUUCGAACUUCCUAGUUUUACCAGGGCCAAAAGCGUUGUCUCCAUUUAGAGUCAAUAAUUUGAUUCAAGAGAUUGAGAAAAAGUCCCAAAAACUAAACUCAAUCGAAGAGGUUGCUAGUCAAUACACUCACUAUGUCUCCCUUAAGAAACCAUUGAACGAAAAGCAAUUGGAGUUGUUGAAGAUUUUGUUGACUUAUGAUAAUCCUGUUGAUACAUCAAAUCCAUUGAACGUUAAAUUGAUCAAGUUAUCCACUGGUGAAGCUCAAGCCAAGGGAGCUGAAAAUUUUGUUCAGGUCUUACCUAGACCUGGUACUAUUUCUCCUUGGUCUUCAAAGGCAACAGAUAUUGCUCAGAUUUGUGGAUUGGGCGAUUUUGUUGAAAGAAUAGAACGUGGUUUGUCUUUGUUGUUUAAAAUAAGAGAUAAUGAAACAUUCACUGUAUCUGGUGACAUUUUAACAUCCGUGUUUGACAGAAUGACUCAGAAGCUUUAUGUUAAUGAUGAUAUUCCCAAGUACAACGAUUUAUUUGCUCACCACAAACCUAAGCCACUUGUUACAGUUGAUUUAUUAAGUAGCAAAGAUAACUUGUUGCAAGCAAACAAAGAAAUGGGAUUGGCUUUGGAUCAAGGAGAAAUUGACUACUUAACUAAUGCAUUCACUAAAGUUAUUGGUCGUAAUCCUACUGAUGUAGAAUUGUUUAUGUUUGCUCAAGUUAAUUCCGAGCACUGUCGUCACAAAAUUUUCAAUGCUGAUUGGACCAUCGAUGGUGUCAAGAAAGAUAAAUCUUUAUUUAAGAUGAUCAGAAACACUCAUGAAAAGAACCCCCAGUAUACAGUAUCUGCAUACUCUGAUAAUGCAGCUGUAUUUGAAGGACCUGAAGGUUACUUGUUUACGCCAGACUUUAAAUCUAAACAAUGGAAGUCAAUCAAGGAAAGUGUCCAAACUUUAGUCAAAGUUGAAACUCAUAACCAUCCAACUGCUGUUUCCCCAUUUGCCGGUGCAGCAACUGGUUCUGGUGGUGAAAUUAGAGAUGAAGGUGCUGUAGGAAGAGGUUCUAAAUCCAAAGCUGGAUUAUCUGGUUUUACUGUAUCUGAUUUAAACAUUCCAACUUUGAAACAACCAUGGGAAAGAGAUGUUGGGAAGCCAAAUCAUAUAGCCAGCUCUUUGGAUAUCAUGAUCGAAGCACCGAUUGGUUCAGCUGCAUUCAACAACGAAUUCGGAAGACCGGCAAUCAAUGGAUACUUUAGAACCUUGACUACUGAGGUUGAAAAUGCCAAGGGCGAAACUGAAAUCAGAGGUUUUCAUAAGCCAAUUAUGUUGGCUGGUGGUAUGGGUGCUAUUAGACCAGGAUUGGCUUUAAAAAACAAGAAAAUCACACCAGGGGCGAAGUUGAUUGUUUUGGGUGGACAAUCUAUGUUGAUUGGAUUGGGUGGUGGUGCUGCUUCAUCUAUCAGUUCCGGUGAGGGGUCAGCAGAUUUGGAUUUUGCUUCUGUUCAAAGAGGUAACCCAGAAAUCCAAAGAAGAGCACAACAGGUUAUUGAUGCAUGUGUCUCAUUAGGUGCAGAUGGUAAUCCAAUUCAAUCUAUUCAUGAUGUCGGUGCUGGUGGGUUGAGUAACGCCUUGCCAGAAUUGGUUCAUGAUAAUGAUUUGGGUGCCAAGUUUGAGUUAAGAUCAAUUUUGUCAUUGGAACCCGGAAUGUCACCAAUGGAAAUUUGGUGUAAUGAAUCUCAAGAGAGAUAUGUUUUAGGUGUUGCGCAAGAAGAUUUGGAAAUGUUUUCCAAAAUUUGUGAGCGUGAAAGAGCACCAUUUGCUGUCGUUGGUGAAGCUACUGAAGAGCAAAGAUUGGUUUUGACUGAUUCUUUGUUGAAGGGUACACCUAUUGAUUUAGAAAUGUCGGUAUUGUUUGGUAAACCACCAAAAAUGUCGCGUGUUGCCACUACUGAAAACUUGAAAUUGAAGCCCUUCAAAACCAAUGAAUUGGAUAUCAGUGAGUCGAUUGAUCGUGUUUUGCAAUUGCCAUCAGUAGGAUCAAAGUCCUUCCUAAUCACUAUUGGUGAUAGAUUCAUCACUGGAUUGGUUGAUCGUGACCAAAUGGUGGGACCCUGGCAAGUACCAGUAGCUGAUGUUGGUGUUACUGCAACAUCCUUGGGUGAAACUGUAUUAUCUACAGGUGAAGCUAUGGCUAUGGGUGAGAAGCCUACUUUGGCUUUGAUUUCAGCUAGUGCUUCAGCCAAAAUGGCAGUGGCUGAAUCUUUGUUGAAUGUAUUUGCCGCUGAUGUCCCAUCGUUGGAGCACGUUAAAUUGUCAGCCAACUGGAUGUCUGCUGCAAGUCACCCAGGUGAGGGAGCUAAAUUAUAUGAGGCUGUUGAAGCUAUCGGUCUUGACUUGUGUCCAGAAUUAGGAGUCUCAAUCCCAGUUGGUAAAGAUUCCAUGAGUAUGAAAAUGAAAUGGGAUGACAAAGAAGUCACUGCACCAUUAGCAUUGACAAUUACUGCAUUUGCUCCAGUUGAUAACACUUCCAACACUUGGACUCCUCAACUUCAGCAUGUUGACGACUCUGUUUUGGUACUCGUUGAUUUGGCAGUGAAGGAUAAAAAAUCUCUUGGUGGUUCUGCGUUGGCUCAAGUUUACAAAGAGGUUGGCGAUAGCGCCCCAACUGUACACUCAAAUGCUGUGUUAAAGGCGUUCUUGCAAUCAUUGGUUGUGUUACACAAACAAUUCCCUGUUUUGGCAUAUCAUGAUAGAUCUGAAGGUGGUUUACUUGCCACUGUAUUGGAAAUGGCAUUUGCUGGAAGAUGUGGAUUGGACAUUUCACUAGACGCUGAAGAGGAUCAAUUUACUGAGUUGUUUAAUGAAGAGUUAGGUGCUGUUUUCCAAAUUAGGUUGCAAGAUUUGAUCAAAUUUAAGGAAAUCUUUGUCAACCAUGGCAUGGAUAGGAAGUUCAUCAAGGUUAUUGGUAAACCAAAUUUCCAUGAUCAAGCCAUCAAUAUUUCAUACAACGGGGCACCUAUCUACACAUCCACACGUGCCCGUUUGCAACAAUUGUGGAGCAAUACUUCUCACCACAUACAAAAGAUGAGAGAUAAUCCAGUGACAUCCCAGCAGGAAUACGAUGCUGUUGCCGAUGACAAAGACCCAGGUAUCAGCUAUCAAUUAACAUUCAAUCCUGCAGAGCGUAAAUCAUACAAGACAACUCCAAAAGUUGCCAUCUUAAGAGAACAAGGUGUCAAUUCUCAGCAAGAAAUGGCAUGGAGUUUCCAACAGGCUGGGUUUGACGUGUAUGACGUAACCAUGUCCGAUAUUUUGGAAGGAAGAGUCACUUUGGAUGAUUUUGUUGGAUUGGCUGCUUGUGGUGGUUUCUCGUAUGGUGAUGUUUUAGGAGCUGGUGCUGGAUGGGCCAAGUCAGUAUUGUUCCACGAAAAUGCCAGAAACGAGUUCAAGAAGUUUUUCCAAGAUAGAACUGACACUUUUGCAUUUGGUGCAUGUAAUGGAUGUCAAUUUUUCAGCAGGAUUGCUGAAUUGAUUCCAGGAACUGAUCACUGGCCCACAUUUGAACGUAACUUGUCGGAACAAUAUGAGGCAAGAUUUGUCAUGGUUGAAGUUGAUCCAUCCGAAAACAACAACUCCAUCUUUUUGCAAACAAUGAAAGGUUCAAGAUUGCCAAUUGCUGUAGCCCAUGGUGAAGGACGUGCUCAAUUCAAAUCACCUGAAGAUCAAAAGGACUUUGAAUUGGAUGUCAUUCAUUACAUUGAUAACUACGGAAAUCCAACGCAAACUUAUCCAUUUAAUCCUAAUGGAUCACCUGAUGCUAUUGCUGGUAUAAGCUCAGCAAAUGGAAGAGUUUUGGCUAUGAUGCCUCAUCCAGAGAGAGUUACACGUAAAGAGAGUAAUUCAUGGUACCCCCACGCACAAGCUAGAGAAUGGCAAGGAUACGGACCAUGGGUUGAAUUGUUCAAAUCUGCAAGGGCCUGGGUAGGUGACAACUGA